GCAAAACCGGGAUUUAAAUAUCGUCAUCCAGUCGGACUGUGAUCGCUGCAAUUUUGAGUAUCGGGAAGAGCACUGGAUUUGAAGAUGCUGUUCAAGACUGUUGUCGGCCCUGAGCAAAUUAGCAGCCCACACUACCGCACAAAUCAGCUGCUGCAGACACCUAGAGCUUCAUUGUUGAGACCUUCUCAAAGACUUGUAACCAGGGCUGCAAUCAUGGAAGCUCCUGCUCAGAGCGCCAGCAAGACGCAGGAGCCGUAUGGCAGAGUGUUCAACUUCUCAGCUGGCCCAGCUGUGCUUCCUCUGCCGGUGCUGGAGGAGGCGCAGGCGGAUCUGCUGAGCUGGAAGGGCAGCGGCAUCAGCGUGAUGGAGAUGUCACACAGGGGGCCAGAGUUCAUGCGCAUCAUUGAGGAGGCCGAGGCCGACCUGCGCGCCCUGCUCAGCAUCCCAGACAACUACAAGGUCCUCUUCCUGCAGGGCGGCGCCACCCAGCAGUUCGCCGCCCUCCCCCUGAACCUGUCGCAGCCCGGCGACACCGUCGACUAUUUGGUGACGGGGUCGUGGAGCAAGAAAGCGGCGGAGGAGGCCGGCAAGUACGCCAACGUGAACAUCGUGGCCAAGGGCGACAACAAGUCGGUCCCGGCGCGUGACACCUGGAAGCUGACCCCGGGGGCGCGAUACGUGCACUACUGCGACAACGAGACCAUCCAGGGCGUGGAGUUCAAGGGUGCGCCGGACGUGGGGGAUGCCAUCCUGGUGGCCGACAUGUCCUCCAACUUCUGCUCCAAGCCCGUGGACGUGUCCAAGUACGGGCUUAUCUAUGCCGGCGCGCAGAAGAACAUCGGCCCGGCCGGAGUCGUCGUGGUCAUCGUGCGCGAGGACCUUGUUGGCAGCGCCAGGCCGGAGACUCCCGUAACGCUGGACUUCAAGGAGAUGGAGGGGUCGAUGUACAAUACGCCACCCUGCUGGAGCAUCUACGUGUGCGGGCUGGUCUUCAAGCACCUACUGGCCGCGGGGGGGCUCCCGGGAGUCAAGGCCAACAAUGACACCAAGGCCAAGCUGGUGUACGACGCUAUUGAGGGGUCCAACGGCUUCUACGCCAGCCCGGUGGAGCCGAGCGUGCGCUCCAACAUGAACAUCCCCUUCACCAUCCCCUCCAGCCCCAACUUGGAGAAGGCCUUUGUCAGCGAGGCCUCCGAGCAGAACAUGGUUCAGCUGAAGGGGCACCGUUCGGUGGGCGGCAUGCGCGCGUCCGUCUACAAUUCCAUGCCACUGGAGGGUGCAAAGGCCCUCGCCGCCUUCAUGCAGGAUUUUGCGAGCAGGCAUUGAGGCAGCUUGAGCUGGGGCAGAUAAGAGGGUUUGCACUGCUGUGAAGUCGUGGCAUGUCACGGAGCUACGAGCUCCAGGAGGCACCAGAAGCGUUCCUUCCAGAAGGAAGGCUUCUUUGCACUGCCAGAUCUAGCAGUGCAAAGAACGGGCAUAUCUUCCCAUUCUGCUGACAAACUCAUCUUGUCUUCCCUUCAAAGCAGUCUUGAGCGAUUUAGGAUACCUAUUCAGAUCCCAUUUGAUAGAAAUCACAUCAUUCAGAAUCACUUCUGUUGUAAAGUAGGAGCACUAGGAACAUCUGUUGAGGGAAUAACUCAAUUGCAAUUGACACGACACAGUGAUAUUGCCUCUUCAAGGGCUGUAAUCUCAGACCACAUC